CCUGGAAAUUGGUUCCAGUUUUUCUAUGGCUUUGUUUAUUUAUUUAGGUUUUGCUUACUUACGGGUUAUUCAAAUAAUAAAUAUUUCACCUUUUCUAUCUUAUUUUCUAGAUUAUCAAACUUAUGGCUGUUGAGAUUUUAAUCUCAAUAUUCUGAUUACUGUUGUAAUAAGCUCCAGUUUAGUGGGUGUCAGCCUUUGCUUCCCAGGACUCUUGGGUUGCCGGCUAAUAAACGGAACUUAAUGAUUCCGAUACGUAAUGGCUGGAAAAGUUGUUCUUGCUCAACCUCCUCCAUCUUUUGAGUAUGAACUUUUUGAAGGUGAUCCUGAACAACUUAGAACUGUUGUAGCGUUAUCAAACUACUCAACUCCUUGGAUUGACCCUGCAAAAUUGAAACUCAGACAAAGAAUUGGAAGGGGUCCUUUUGGUGAUGUCUGGUUAGCCACUCAUUAUCAUUCAACUGAUAAUUAUGAUGAGUACCAUGAAGUGGCUGUCAAGAUGUUAAAUCCAUUGAAGGAGGAUCAUGUGAAGGUUCUGUUGGAUAAGUUUGAUGAUUUAUUUUUGAAGUGUAGAGGGAUAGAAGGUGUGUGUUUUCUUUAUGGAAUUUCAAUUAUAAUUGGCAAGAUAUGCAUUGUUAUGAAGUUCUAUGAGGGAUCAAUUGGUGACAAAAUGGUUCGCCUUAAAGGAGGGAAGCUGUCAUUAGCUAAUGUUUUGAGGCAUGGGAUUCAGUUGGCUCAGGGAAUUUUAGAAUUGCAUGCGAAAGAAAUCCUAGUUUUUAACCUUAAACCUUCAAAUUUCCUUCUUGACGAAAAUGAUCAAGCAAUUCUUGGAGAAGUGGGGAUUCCUUACCUACUGCUUGGAAUUCCAUUGCCAAGCUCAGAUGCAUCUCGCAGGCUUGGAACCCCAAACUACAUGGCUCCAGAACAAUGGCAGCCAGAAGUAAGAGGUCCAGUAUCCUUGGAGACUGACUCGUGGGGAUUCGCAUGCAGCAUUGUGGAGAUGUUGACUGGUGUUCAGCCUUGGUGUGGGAGAGGAGUUGAAGAAAUUUAUGACUCAGUGGUUAGGAAACAAGAGAAACCACAUAUUCCAGAAGGCCUCCCUCCUUCAGUUGAAAAUGUCCUUCGUGGUUGCUUUGACUAUGACUUCAGGAAUCGACCCUUAAUGACAGACAUUUUACGUGUUUUCAAAAGCUCGCAGAAUGCAAUUUAUGGUGAUGGAGGCUGGACAGGACUUGGGAGCGAAACAACCUCAGACAAAUCAAGUGGCAAUGGUUACUCGGAGUGGUUUCUUUUGAAGGAUCAUCUGCAAGUGGGAGACAUGGUGCGUUCUAGAAAGCCACCAAAUGCACGAAAGUCAGAAAAUAUGGAUGUUCCAGAAGCAAUAGUAGUUGGCUUAGAACGUGAUACAGAUCGAAAUGGUUUUGUUUUGGUGAGAGUCCAUGGUAUCCAUGACCCGUUAAGAGUUCCCAUUUCAACCCUGGAGCGGGUCACUUUUGGUUUGGCAGCUGGGGAUUGGGUACGCUUGAAGGAGGAAAACAAAAAGCACUCACCAGUGGGUUGUCUUCAUUCCAUCAAUCGCAAUGGAAGUGUGGUUGUAGGAUUUAUAGGAUUGGCAACCUUUUGGAAAGGCAAUUCUUCAGAGCUUCAGAUGGCAGAAUCCUUCUUUGUGGGUCAGUUUGUUAGGUUGAAAGCUAAUGUUCUCAGCCCUAGAUUUGAAUGGCCUCAUAAAAGGCGAGGGGCCUGGGCUACAGGGAAGAUUCGGCAGAUUCUGCCAAAUGGAUGCCUUAUUGUCAAGUUCCCAGGGAGGUUAACUUUUGGGGAGGAAUGUAGCACUUUCUUCGUUGAUCCAGCUGAAGUGGAAGUAGUUUCUUUUAAAUCUUGCCCUGGGAUGGUUAAAAAAUAUCAACAUCUUGAAGAUUUUCAUUGGGGUGUGAGACCGCUUCUGAUAGCAUUGGGUCUCUUCACUGCUAUGAAAGUAGGAUUUUUUGUGGGGAAGAAAAUGGGGAGGUCCGAAGGGAAGAAUAAUCUACAUAGCAGUGUGCUGCUAAAUGAUGGUCAGAGUAGUGGCAACCAAGUAUGGUUUUCACCAACUGUGGCAAAUAUCCUUGGCGUUAGCACUGGUUCUGCCCGGUAAUUAAUGCGAAUGACUGUUGAUAUAUAUACAUAUAUUAUAUACAUAUUGGUCAAUGAAAAACUGAUUUGGCUCACAAUCAGACCAACUAAUUUCAAUUUAGUUCAAAAACAAUUUUGGUCAA